AUGUGCUCCACAAUCUCCGAGAAGCAAACCAAAACCAGCCAGCUAGAAGAAGACGACCAACCACAAGAGGGAUCAAACAGCCUAGCGGGCCGCGUCACCAGCCACUUGCACCUAAAGCCGGUCCACACGACAGGCACGCUCGACAAGGCCGUGGUGCUCCGCCGCAUACGCCACCGCAAGCGCGUCAACAGGGUGAAAUCCGCCGUGGGAGCUCUUCUCGGCCAGCGGUCUGCCUCUGCCAGCAACACUGCUGUGGCCAAUGGUGGCGAGACUUGUGGUGUUUGCCCGCGGUUGACAUGGGUUGAUGACGCUUUUGCUGCCCCUUAA